AUGGACGGUAGUGAAACACAAAUAUCAUAUCAAAACGAUAGUCAAACAACUGCGUCAACAAUGGGUACGGUUGAUACACAACGUCCACAUUACACAGUACCUGGAAUAUUACAUUUUCUUCAACAUGAAUGGACUAGAUUUGAAAUUGAAAGACAACAAUGGGAAACUGAACGAGCAGAAUUACAAGCACGUAUCGCUUUUCUUCAAGGCGAAAGACAAGGACAAGAAAAUUUAAAAGGUGCACUUGUUAGACGAAUUAAAAUGCUUGAAUAUGCAUUAAAACAAGAAAGAUUAAAAUUUAAUAAACUAAAAUAUGGUACUGAAUCAAAUCCAUUAGAUGAUCAAAAACCUUUAUUAAACGAUGCACAAAUUGAUGAUGAUGAAAAUAAAGAUGAUUCAAGUUUAGCGUUCGGUGGUAGUAGUGUUUCCUUUAAACAAGGUCGUCAAUUACUUCGACAAUAUUUAAAAGAAAUUGGUUAUGUUGAUACAAUUAUUGAUAUUCGUUCCACAGCAGUUAAGAAACUACUAGGAAUUAAAAGUGAAACUAAUAUUAAUGGAAAUAAUGCAAUUAAUUCAACAUCACCAGGUUUGAAUGGUGAUAUUAAAUCAACGAAUGAAUCAAAAAGAGUCAUUCCUAAUAUAGUUAAGAAUGCUUCAAAUGAUUUUAAUAAAUCACUUGCUUCAUUAGUUUUUCUAAAAGAUGAUCAAACUGAUGACGAUAAUACUGAUGAUGGUAUUGAUCCUAAUCGUAUUAUAAUUAAAUCUAAUCUUGGUAAUACAUCCAAUGUUAAUCAUCAAAAUUCUGGACUUGAUACACUCAAUGAUCUUGACAGUGAAGAAGCUGCUUUACAUGAAUUUGAUUUUCUUAGUGGCGAUCCAUCUGCUGCUGGUUCUGGUUUAAGUAUUAAUGAACUUAAUUCAACUGAUAUAAAUAAUGAUGAAUGGAAUGUUGAUCCAUCGCGAAUAAAUCGUCUAAAAGAGGAAUAUAAACGUGAUCGUCAUGUAAAACAAGCGUAUCAAUCAGCAACUAUUACAAAUGCAACAUCAGCAUCAAUUCGAAAUAGUCUUUUUAAUAAUGGUAAUGUUGAUAUAUCUUCUGAUCAACGUUCAUUUCCAGAAGAUGAACAAAUUGAUUCAAUGAUGUUUCGAAAUAGUAAAAAUUUUAUUGGAGAAAAUGCGAUGGAAAGUCUUGAUGAAUUAGCACGUGUGACAGUUUCAAAUGAUAAUGAACUUCAAGAUGAAACAACAUCAAGUAAUUCAUCUGAUUCUAGAAAAACAUGGAAUGUCAAAUAUGCUUUAAGAAGUCAUUUGGAUGGAGUACGUUGUGUUGCAUUUCAUCCAGUAGAUUCAAUUGUUAUUACUGGAUCGGAAGAUCGUACACUUAAAUUAUGGAAUCUUGAAAAAUCAGCAAUUUUAAGAAAAGCGACAACAACAGCACAAGAUCUUGAACCAAUCUAUACAUUUCGGCGGCAUACUGGUCCUGUUCUAUGUUUGGCAAUGAAUCCAUCUGGAGAACAAUGUUAUAGUGGUGGUCUUGAUUCAAUUAUAUCCGUCUGGAAUAUUCCUAAUUCAGAAAUUGAUUCAUAUGAUGCAUAUGAUUCUAAUGUAUUAUGUAAAGUGUUAGAUGGUCAUACAGAUGCUGUCUGGCAAUUAGUGAUAUCCGGUCAAAAACUAUUGUCAUGUUCAGCUGAUGGAUCAGUACGAUUAUGGGAUCCAAAUUUAUCUCAACCAUUACAAUCAACAUUUCAUAAUGAAGGUAUUCCAAUAUCUAUCGAUUGGUUAAUGCAAGAUACAAAUCAAUUUGUUGUUACUUAUGAUACAUUGAAAACUUUUAUAUAUGAUACAGAAACUGGUAAAGCUUUAAGACAGAUUAAUAAUGAUGAUUCAUCAUCUGGAGAUCCGAAUUAUCGUAUUAAUCGAUUAAUUAGUCAUCCAUCUCAACCUUUAAUUAUCACAGCUCAUGACGAUCGAAAAAUUCGAUAUUUUGAUAGUAAUUCUGGUCGUAUGAUCCAUUCAAUGGUUGCUCAUCUUGAUACUGUUACAUGUUUAGCAAUCGAUCCUCAACAAACUUGUCUUUUAUCUGGUAGUCAUGAUCGUUCUAUACGAUUAUGGGAUUUUGAAAAUAAAAAUUGUAUUCAAGAAUUAACAGCACAUCAAAAGAAAGAUGAUGAAUCUAUACAUGACAUUGCAUUUCAUUCCUCGAAACCUUAUAUGGCUAGUGUAGGAGCCGAUUCAAUCGCUAAAAUCUAUGCUUAA